AUGUCGAUCGUGGUGCUGGAUGGCGUCGUGGACAACGAUCUGCGGCAGCUAAUUCUGAGCAAGUUCGACCCGCUCGCCCCGGGUGCCCGGACAGCCUUGCCGGAUGUCCUUGUUCCGAAACCUCUGGAGCAGUGGCUCCAGUCCGUGCUUCGCAGCUGCGCUGGGGGCCAUGAUCCCUCAGCUGCGGAGCUGCCAGGCGCAUUGGAUGGACGAUCAGAGUUGGUUCCGAUGCCUGGUCGGGUGGCGGUGGGAAGCUCUCCCAUGCACCAGGAUACGGGCUUCGAUGCGAUGGGGAGGCCCGAUCCAACACGUGUCGAGGGCCUGGUGGCCGUUCUUUAUCUUGCGGGCGCUGGCACCUUGGUGAUUGAAACGGGUUCCCAGCGUCAUUCUGCCGAAGUGAAACCAUGCCGCCUUGUGGUGUGGCCGAACGACCAGUGCAUCCAUCGCUUGGAUGCCUCCCCGGGAGAAGAGAGCCGCAUCAUGCUCGGACCUAUGACACUCAGCUCCACUGGUUGGAAGCGCGCCGGUGAUCAGUACUCGGUCGCAGGGCGGGGUUCCCCUUGCUUUGCUCCAGAUGAAUGUCGAUGCCCAGGUUGCCAAGAGUAUAAAGAAAAGAUGAAACUGGUGCAGGAAAGGCGGCUCCAGCAAAAGAGCCAGCAAAACGUAGCAGUCGAAGGGCAAGUGGCCCCAACGGAUUCGUCCUUUUGUGUCCGGUCAUGCGCUGUCAGUUGA